CUAGAAUAGAACUUCUUCUUCUUCCCAAAAGAUAUUUCAAAGGUGGAGAACUAUUAAAAGCAUACAGCAGCCUUUUAACAACAUUCAUCAAAAUCCGAUCGAUCCCAAACAAAUCUCAAGUAAACCCGACCGAUCAUCGCUGCAAUUGCAAUUACAAAAGUUGGAGAAACAGCCGAGGAAAGAAAACACUUGUGCAGAAUGUCUGAUCAAAUAGCAAAAGGCCUAGAGUUCGAGAAGAAAGCCGAGAAGAAGCUGAGUGGGUGGGGCCUGUUUGGAUCCAAAUAUGAAGAUGCUGGCGAUUUAUUUGAAAAAGCCGCUAAUUGCUACAAACUUGCCAAAUCUUGGGACCAAGCUGGAGCUGUAUAUGUCAAGUUGGCCCAAUGUCAUUUGAAGAUGGAUAGUAAACAUGAGUCUGCUAAUGCUUAUGCUGAUGCGGGUCAUGCAUACAAGAAAACAAACACCAAAGAGUGCAUAGCUUGCCUAGAGCAAGCAUUAAAUAUGUUCAUGGAAAUCGGUAGGCUUAGCAUGUCUGCAAGAUAUUGCAAGGAAAUUGCUGAGAUAUAUGAACAAGAACAGAACCUGGAACAGGCCAUAGCUUACUAUGAUAAAGCAGCCGAUCUUUUUCAAGGUGAAGAAGUAACAACUUCUGCAAAUCAAUGCAAGCAGAAAAUUGCACAGUUUUCAGCUCAACUGGAACAAUAUCAAAAGGCUAUAGAGAUUUAUGAAGAAAUAGCGAAACAGUCUCUGAAUAAUAACUUGCUAAAGUAUGGAGUUAGAGGACAUCUACUUAAUGCUGGAAUAUGUCAACUCUGUAAAGGUGAUGUAGUUGCAAUCACAAAUGCUUUGGAGCGUUAUCAGGAUCUGGAUCCGACGUUUUCAGCAACUCGUGAAUACAGAUUACUGGCCGAUUUAGCUGGUGCAGUAGAUGAGGAAGAUGUGAUGAAGUUUACUGAUGCUGUGAAGGAAUUCGACAGCAUGACUAAGCUGGAUGAGUGGAAAACGACGCUUCUGUUGAGAGUGAAGCUGCUGCUGAAGGCCAAGGAGGAGGAAGAAGACGAUCUUACUUAAGGUCGGUUUUUCUGACAUAAGCCACAACUUUAUUGUGCCAUUGCUAUUAUUUUCAUGUUUUUAUGCGUGGAUGUUUCAAAAUAUGCUGUUUUUUGUGGAGAAAAUAUGUAAUUUGAUGAUUUGAAACGAGUACAUUUUGCAUAGUAUGUUGCCAGGUUUAGUUUUUUUUU